AUUCAAUGAGAUGUAAAGUGCCAACAAAAUAAAGCAAUCGUGUGUAUAUAUCCGCAAAACUCGCGGCUCCCUUGUAGCCCGAUUUCCUGAAACCGCACAUAUAAAUAUUCCUUCCAUCUCAGCCUUUAUUUUAUUAGUAAUAUAUUUGCAGAAAUAUUUCAAGUUUCAAUAAACUAUUCACUGAUUUGUUUUAUAUAACCGAGGAGGAUUGGUGAUGGCUGAGCACCAGUGCGGAAGAGAUCACCACCACAUGAGGUUGUGCUCCUUGUCGUCGGCCAUCGACGGCGCCGGCGAGAUCAUUCUGUUCGGCGUCAGAGUGAAAGUAGACCCUCUCAGGAAGAGCGCUAGUCUGAAUAACUUGUCUCAGUAUGUUGUACAUCCGAAUGAUCACAGCAAGAUUAUCGAAUCCACCAAACACCCGGCGACUGCUCUUGCGGAUGAGGGAUAUGCGUCGGCUGACGACGCUGUCCUCCUCAAUCAGCCUACCGGCGGCCGUGAGCGUAAGCGAGGAGUUCCAUGGACCGAGGAAGAACACAAACUGUUUCUAUUAGGUUUGCAGAAGGUUGGGAAGGGAGAUUGGAGAGGAAUCUCUAGAAACUUCGUCAAGACUCGAACCCCCACUCAAGUGGCAAGUCAUGCGCAGAAGUAUUUCCUCCGUCGGAGCAACCUCAACCGCCGACGUAGACGCAGAUCUAGCCUCUUUGACAUCACUACGGAUUCGGUUACCCCGAUGUUAACCGAAGAGCAAGAAUCUCUUACAGAAAACUCAACCCCGGGAGCUCCAUCACCCAAUCCAUUGCCUAUUUCAGAAGUAUCCCAAAACAGUCCAUUUGCAUUUGCCAAUGCACCUGAGCAAAUCAGUUAUAGUUUGCAACCAAUCCAAGUCGAGGAAAAGCCAAUACAAAAUCUUAUCACUACACGAACUGAUGAGCACAAUGAUCAAUCCACCACCCACAUUGUCAUUAACUUGAAUGAGAGUGUGGAGAUGGAGCCUUCAUCAUUGUCCUUGAGUUUGUCAUUGCCCUUUGAUCAAACACAAAGUUAUUCUUCCAGGCACCAUAUAUAUCCCGCGGUGUCCAGUUUGAAUAGCGGAGAUUCCAUCAUUGCGGUGGCAUGACAAGGGAACUCUCGAAAAGAGAACAAUACAUAGAGUGGUUCCGUUAUGAAACACGGAGCAUGCAGUAAUUUGGUCGAGUCGAACAUAAAUGUUCUUAUGGAAAUUUGGAUUUUCCAUUGCAUGUUUACUUCAAAAUUAGAUCUUUGCACCCCCAUGUUUUGUUUUAUUUGACUUUGCACCCUGGAUUACCCAAAAGUGGGGUGCAAAAUCAAAUAUUAGUAUGUAUAAAAUAAUGAAGUGCAAAGUCUAUGGUCAGUGUGUUUGAUCUACCAGUCUGGUAUCAGAGGUGGGGGGUACUGUUAGAGAUUUGCAAUUCUAUACUGGUGAAAUGAAUUGCGACUCGUUCUUGUGUUUUGGCCUGAUCCCUUUAUAGUGCGCCUAUAUUCGUAUCAAAUAAUCGGAAUUAAUAUAUUCGUAGAUUCCUUUGGGUAAUUAUCUGGUAGAAUUAUAUUUAUUUAU